AUGGACGGACAGGCCGCCAAUGGCGCGGCCGGCUUGGGUCAGAAUAUCACCUCCGUGAACGGCGCGAAUUCCGACAUAAUAUCACAGAUCCACCAGGCCCUCGAGGCUAUACACAACCCUUACUCGCCCAAUGACUCCCGUCGAGACGCGCAGGCCUUCCUCGAAAACAUCAAGGGCAUAGACGAAGCUCCAUUCCACGGUUUUACCCUUGCCUCCGACAAGUCCCAGUCACCCGUUGUGCGCCAUUAUGCCCUUUCCCUUCUUGAGCAUGCGAUCAAGCAUAGAUGGGCCGACUAUAGCGAGCAACAGUCCUCUACUCUCCGUGGUUGGAUGCUGGAGCUCUGCCGCAGCCUUUCGAAGGACGAUCCCUUAUACAUCAGAAAUAAGACGGCUCAAUUAUGGGUUGAAGUUGGCAAAAGAUCAUGGGGCGCCGAGUGGAUGGACAUGGAUGAGCUUUUGCUUCGCUUAUGGCAAAUUCCUGAUUCUGCUGUUCACAAAGAGCUCGUUCUGUUCGUCUUAGAGACACUCUCCGACGAAGUCUUCAACGGCGACGAUGCCGUGGUCGCCAUGCGCGAAGGAGUGCUCAGCAGGAGCUGUGUCGAGAUUUUUACUCCGGCCACAGUCCUUAGAGAGGCUUUCCCGAACAGGACUGCUGGCCCCGAGGUGCGAUAUGGGGAAGAAGGUUGGCUAAGCCGGGUAUCCGAAUUUCUCAGUCAGUGCCUUCAAGGGGAUGCUCAGAACAACGACCAAGUUCGGUCUUGUGCCGUCAAAUCCUUGUCCGUUUUCCACUCUCUGAUGCCCUGGGCCAUACCCAAGGCUGUUGCCGUGGCCAAUUGCGUGCCUGUCAUGUGCAGAGCCCUUGCGACACCCGAAGUGUCUAUUCAGAAGGCAUCUCUGGAGGCCUUACAUGCACUUUACUCCCGGUCAAACUUCACCGAACAAGAGUUUAAGGAUCUCGUUGCACCCAUGUAUGAUGCCAGCUCAGUAGAUCUCUUGAAGAGGCUCUUCGAGUGGUCGGCUGUUGACGUGGACGACAUUGAUGAGGACAAAUACCAAUUCGACGGAUUUCUCAAUUUGCUGCUUCUAACGGUGCAAAGCCCAAGUCUGAUCAUCGCCAUACCCGUAUUAGCUACGUGGACGCGGCUACUCAACAACAGACUCAUCGGACAGAGCCCAGCUAAUACUCAUCUCGUCGGGCCACUGCUCGAGGUCUGUGGUUCCCGCCUAAUCCGUUUUGAGAACCUGCCAGAAGACACUCAGGACCCAACCUUCUGCUUCCUGAUGGAAGAUACUGAUACCGUCCCGGAACGACAUGCUUUUCUCGGCAAUUACAGAAGGUUCAGCACACAGGUCAUUGAAACAAUUGUACAACUGAAGCUUUCCGACGCGGUUUACCAUAUUCUUGGCCAAGCCGAGCAAGUCUUGCAGCAUCUAUAUGACGGUCACCCACCGAUGGAUGUGUCCAAGUACAUCAAGCAUUCAAUGCCUGUUCUGCGCGUUGACGCACAAUUCACAGUCAUCGAGGCGGCGCUGAAAGGCUACAUGAAGUGGAGAGCAAGCACGACUCAACAGAGCAUGCCAGACUACGAACAACAGCGCGCUGCUCUAGAGAGAGAUCUGGAGUCCUGGUGCAGCAAACUCCUCGAAAUGAACUUUGAGGACCCUCUGAUUCGGAAGAGAGUGCUACAAUUGCUGGUUGCUUUCUCUACUGCAGCUCUCGACAGGAAUCCAGGAUUCAUGCUCAAAGUCCUCGAACACAUUCUCAUGACAUGGCCUGCUCCUCGCCCAGAGCACCGAGCCUUUAACGAGGCGAUCAAGGACUUCCAGUCCGAAAGCAUGGUUGAGCUGCAGCGACUAGCCUCAAAGGUCCCUGACCACCUGCUAGGCGUAUAUGAUCAGAUAGAGGCGAAGGUUAACGACAUGAUUUCCUCGGGAAGCUUGGACGAGAAACGACAAAUUGCUUACCAGAGCUUUCUCUUCAUCAUCAUUCACCGAGCCACCAAUAUUGACCCUUCCACACAGUUUGAGCGUUUGCAGGGAUUCAUCAAGCCAGUCACAAGCCUAUGGCAAAACCACGAAUUGAAAAGUGCUCUGUCAUCGUACUCGGGCUUUUGCGAAUUGAUGGCCCUGGACAAAGCUAAGCGAUACCUCAUGAACCAUCGCGUCCAUGAAGUCAAGGAUUGGGGCUCUAGCGAGCUGGAUGCAGAUGGUCUGGCUCUCCAGAGUGAGUUAGAGGAGAGACAGAAGGUGUUGCCUCUUCGCCCGACAAAAUCAUUUCUUUCUUUUUCCGUAGAGAAGCUCGAGAAGUCUUCAGCGCCCUUCCAAAUCUCGUAUCGCUUGUGGAAUGAUAGCUUUCCAAUCAUCUUACCCGACCUUCUGCAAUUUCUCAGUCAUGCCCACGCCUCGCACAAUCCAGAUAAUUGGACAGAACUGCCCCCUGAAAUGCGGUCCGUUGUUGGCGGCGUUCUCAGUGAUCGUUUUUGGCAGGCGGGAAUUUCUGAGGGCAGCAAAGAUGAAUUCUAUGCCCGCGUCAUGGACAAGAAACACACUCUCGAAGGGCUCGCUUCGACGAUAAGAGGAAGCGUGAGGUUCGUACGAGAAACAUGCUAUGCCAUUAUCUACUGCAUGAGCCGUUUGGAGAUGCAGUUCUAUGGCUUCAGCGAACUGCCGAACCCCCUUGCACAAGCGCUUUUCCAAAAUUCUUUCUAUCUCUCUGCACAUCAGCAGAUCAACUUGCUGAAUCUCGUGCGUUAUCUGGUGGACGAUUGUCCACUAGAGCAACGUGAGCACUUCCUUCCCCCACUCCUUGCAGCUUGCUUCCAACAGAUGGAUGCAAAGAUCAACUCGGAGUGGGAGAAGCUGGAGCGCCAACAAGCAAUUGACGCUGCUGGGGAUGCGCUUACCGAGGAGAUGAAAUCGGAAAGCAUCUUGCGCCAGGUCACUUACACUGCCGUGAUCAUGGUGGCGGAUUUCCUGGAUCCCACUAAGAGAAACCCUCCGUUACUAAGAUCACAAAAUGGCAACGAGCCACCUCGCAGGUAUCCGUCAUUGAGGAAAUUUUGCUUGAUGCAGUCUACGAUUGUGGAGCCGCUCCUUCUCUUCUGCACUCACGCAAUCCGGAUGAGAGACACGCGAUGCUGUAGCAUAAUUUUGCGGGUAUUUCGAUCUAUUGUUCCGGACUUCCAUCAGUCGGAACCGAUCUCGCCAAAAUCUGUACCUGCGCACGAGGGCCAAAACUCCACCCCCAGCGGCAAGGAUUCUUCUCUUGAUCCGACGCCAAUUUCCUCCGAAGCAGCUUCCGCAAUCAGGGAGUACAUCUCAUCGGAAGUGCUCCAAGCUUGCAUCAACUCAUUCCAUGAGCCCUACUUCGUAGACCUUCAGAAGGACCUGGCCUCAUUAAUUGCCUCCAUAGUGGUUUAUUACAGCCCCUCGACUAGCACGCCCAGAGACGUCCUCCUUUCGCUACCCAACAUUAAAAUAGCUGAUCUCGAAAAGCUGAACGAUUUUGUGUCGAAGCCAGCAUCCCACACACGCCAGCAACGAGCACUUGUGCUUGACCUUCUCAAAGACCUCAAGGGAAUAAGCAUUGCAGAGCAGGGAAAAUUGCCCAAGACCAGCAGUUUCGGGCGAGUCAAGAGAUCAAAUCGCAGUAAGAUGGCGCAAGAAUUCAUGACACCCGCGAAUGAGUCGGCUACACGCAGCGGAGCGGUCACCGGGGCGAGGCAAGGCACGCCAGAUGGCCUUGAGGGCGUGGCCAACUUAUUCGAGGGCUAG